ACAGCAACCCUGACUGAUAUUACAGAGUACACUUCAGUAAAUGUUCUGCUUGCAAAUCUCAUCAGGGGGAACCUUUUUUCCUCUGCUCGCAUCUGGAUAACCACACGACCUGCAGCAGCCCAUCUCAUCCCUCCACAGUGUGUUGAUAUGGUGACAGAUGUCAGGGGGUUCACUGAUCAACAGAAGGAGGAGUACUUUAAGAAGAGAUUUAGAGAUAGGAAGCAGAGAAAAAGGAUCAUCUCACACAUCAAGACAUCACGAAGCCUCCACAUCAUGUGCCACAUCCCAGUCUUCUGCUGGAUCACUGCUACAGUUCUGGAGGAUGUGCUGAAAACCAGAGAGGGAGGACGGUUGCCCAAGACCCUGACUGAGAUGUACAUCCACUUUCUGGUGGUUCAGACCAAAGUGACGAAGGUCAAAUAUGAUGGUGGAGCUGAGACAGAUCCACACUGGACUCCAGAGAGCAGGAAGAUGAUUGAGUCUCUGGGAAAACUGGCUUUUGAUCAGCUGCAGAAAGGAAACCUGAUCUUCUAUGAAUCAGACCUGACAGAGUGUGGCAUCAAUAUCAGAGCAGCCUCGGUGUACUCAGGAGUGUUCACACAAGUAUUUAAAGAGGAAAGAGGGCUGUAUCAAGACAAGGUGUUUUGCUUCAUUCAUUUAAGUGUUCAGGAGUUUCUGGCUGCUCUUCAUGUCCAACUGACCUUCAUCAACUCUGGAGUAAAUCUGCUGGAAAAACAACAAACAACCUCCCAGAAGUCUGAAACAAGCGAGCCGACGUUUUUAUACCAGAGUGCUGUGGACAAGGCCUUACAUAGUCCAAAUGGACACCUGGACUUGUUCCUGCGCUUCCUCCUGGGUUUUUCACUCCAGACCAACCAAAGUCUCCUGCGAGACCUGCUGAUACAGACAGAAAACAGCUCACAGACCAAUCAGGAAACAGUUCAGUACAUCAAGAAGAUGAUCAAUGAGAAUCUGUCUGCAGAGAAAAGCAUCAAUCUGUUCCACUGUCUGAAUGAACUGAAUGAUAGUUCUCUAGUGGAGGAGAUCCAACAGUCCCUGAGUUCAGGACUUCUCUCCACAGAUGAGCUGUCUCCUGCUCAGUGGUCAGCUCUGGUCUUCAUCUUACUGUCAUCAGAAAAAGAUCUGGAUGAAUUUGACUUAAAGAAAUUCUCAGCCUCUGAGGAGGCUCUUCUAAGGCUGCUGCCAGUGGUCAAAGCCUCCAACAAAGCUGUACUGAGUGGCUGUAACCUCUUGGAAAGAAGCUGUGAAGUUAUGUCCUCAGUUCUCAACUUCCACUCCUCUUCUCUAAAAGAGCUGGACCUGAGUAACAAUGACCUACAGGAUUCAGGAGUGAAGCUUCUGUCUGCUGGACUGGAUAGUCCUCAAUGUACACUGGAAACCCUCAGUGUGUCAGGCUGUCUGAUCACAGAGGAAGGCUGUACUUCACUAGCUUCAGCUCUCAGCUCCAACCCCUCCCAUCUGAAAGAGCUUGACCUGAGCUACAACCAUCCAGGAGACUCAGGAAUGAAGCUGCUGUCGGUUGGACUGAAGGAUCCACGCUGGAGACUGGACACUCUCAGGGUGGAGCCUGCUGGAGUCCGAUGGUUGACACCAGGUCUGAGGAAGUAUUCCUGUCAACUCACAAUCGACACAAACACAGUAAACAGAAAACUCCAACUGUCUGAAAACAACAGGAAGGUGACAGGUGUGGAUGAAGUUCAUUCAUAUCCGGAUCAUCCAGACAGAUUUGAUAUCCGCCCAGAGUUGCUGUGUGAAAAUGGUUUGACUGGUCGCUGUUACUGGGAGGUCGACUGGAGAGGAAACGUUCAUAUAUCAGUGAGUUACAGAGGAAUUGGAAGGAAAGGAGACUCUACAGAUUGUUUGUUUGGAUUUAAUGAUCAGUCCUGGAGUCUGAGGUGCUCUGAUGAUGGUCCUCGUCAUAUCUGGCAUAAUAACAAAUCAAAGUCCAUCUCCUCCUCCCCCUCCGUCUCUAACAGAGUAGGAGUGUAUGUGGACUGUCCUGCUGGCACUCUGUCCUACUACAUAGUCUCCUCUCACACUCUGAUCCACCUCCACACCUUCAACACCACAUUCACUGAACCUCUUUAUCCUGGUUUUUAUGUUUGGCCUGGUGCUUCAGUGUCUCUUUGCCAAGUUGAGUGUAAAGAGUGUCCUCCUGUUAGAGAAACGCUCUGACUGUUGAACAGAUAGUUCAGUGUGUACAUGUCUGUCUCUUUUACUCAGAUGUUUUCAGAUUCACAGAUUCAAUCCGUUGAUGUUUUAAACUGUUCUAAAUGAUUCCUUGUAAACUUCUUCCUCUUCAGUCCUUUAAAGAUGGAAGCUACUAUUAUUCCAGGAUCCACAUGUUGUUUUUCUGUCUUUACGGUGAAUAUUAGUAUAAUGUUUGUUUCUGAAGCUUAGUUCACAAUGUGAACUCUGCAUUUUCAACAAGUCUGAGCUCAUGAAAAUGAAUCCAAAUGUUUGAUUUCUCUUUCUGAGUGUGAUUUUUUUUUUUCCCACACUGUCCAUGUGGUCUUACUGUUUCAAUCAUUUUUGAAAAUGUUUCAGGCAUAAGGGGAAAAUAUUGGCUAAGUAGUUUUUAAUGGGGUUUUGACCAUAAUAUGUUUGUAUUAAGAGGCAUGCAUUAUAAUAA